CAUUAUUUCAGCUAAAAUAAUGUCUGUUGAAGACGAAGCAGUCACGACAAGUGUGAGGUUGCCACCCGAUGUAUGGCAGCUUCUCUUUGACGAGCUUGCCUCACGCAAUGACUUCUCGAGCUUGUACAACUGUGCCGUGGCUAGUAAACAUCUGGCCGGCUCCGGAGCUCUAGCAAAUCUCUACCGCGCGAGUCACAAUGCACCUGUCAAAAGUGGAGGUAAUGAGGCAUUGCCACUACACGAACAGGAACAAGCUGUUCAGAGGUGGUCGAUCUUGUGGAGGACCGUUCUACUUUCGUGUACCGAGGAGACGCUAUUUCCAUAUUGUCAUUACUUAAGAGUACUUGACCUGAGGGAUCUUUAUGAGUUAUUGGACGAUGACAAAUUUAGGGGCAAGAUCCAGCAAAACUUCUUCUCUGGUUCUCUUGCCAGAUUUAAUAUUACCAGUCAGACCAGGGGUAAGAACCGCGCUUUGAGAUCGAGUAAUAUGCGUGAGACAGUUGCUGCAAUUGGAGACGCGAUCGUGAAAGCUGCACCAAUGCUCGAAGAGCUUACGGAGCCUAUAGUUGGCGAAUACAACAUCCUCUCCAGUGCUCUGCCGCGAUGGGCGCCCGAUCUGAGUAGGUUGAGAUCGCUCGAGUUGUGGGAUGGCAAGACUCUGGGCGAUGAGACUGUCCAGAAUCUCCUACACAAACAUUGUCCAUAUCUCAACAGAAUCAACAUAUACCAAUGGCGUGACGAUGAAUCCGACGUUCUACUCGCACGUUUUCUGAACAAUAUGCCUAAGAACACAUUACAGUACUUCGAGAACAUUGGAGAAUGUGGCAUCGGUAUUGAAACCUGUCGGGCGCUGAACACGCAUGCAGAGUCUCUCAGAUUCCUAGCACUCGCGAUCCCGGACAAAGGUAUAGAAGGACUGGGACUAAUGAAGAACUGCACAGUGAUUGAGACGCUCAAACUGACCGACACGCAACCACCGCACGAUCUCAAGGAAAUGCAGAAAGACACUUUGCACGGCAUGAUAGAAUGGUUGAAGCAGUGCACGAAACUGCGCGAGGUCAACCUCACCGAUUUCAUAUCAGCUCCCGAUAUCCUGACACCAGCAUUGAGUGAGGAAGGUGUUGACUUGGAGGAUUUGCAAAUCAACGCAAGAAGAGAUGACUGCAUGUAUGCGUUACGGGAGCACUCAGAGUUUCAUGCAGCGAUUGGCUUGCAGACGAAACUGCAAAGCCUGGUCCUGAAGGCGGACCCCGAUCCCCUAGAGCCUGUGGCACGUAACCAGCUUUGCGAGUCUCUGUGCGAGCUGAGAGACUUGCGGUAUCUCCAGCUCACCAGAUCAUCAGACUACUUCCAAGACGAUCAGCUGCAACUUCUAGGAGAGAAUUUGUUGAAUCUAGAAGAUCUUAACGUCAGUGGUUGGCUGUUGAGCGAUAGCACUCUGGCGACACUCUCAAACUUGGGAAACUUGAAGAGUCUGACCUUCAAUGGUCUCUCGGUCUUCACGGCUGAUGGCCUUCUUGAAUUCAUCGACAAGCUAGGGCCGAGCAACCGUGGUCUAGCCAUCUCGAUCGACAUGGCCUCCCUUGAUGCUGCUCUGAGUGGAGAGGAGCAGGAUUUGGUUCGUGAUACCUUAGCCACUAAGGUGCAAGGUCGCUUUGAAUAUCAGCUUGUCAGAGAUCCUGACGUUCCCGAAUUCGACGAGUCAGACUCGGAUUGAGAAAUUCGGGAGAGUAAGAAAAGUUGUAUGUUUAGUGAUUUACGAGUAGGAGAGGGCUAAGGGACAGAGCGGCCGAGAGCGGCUCGGUGAUUUUCCCCGAUGACGGCAGCUGCGAUCUCGAGAUUCAACCAACACGUUCUUCGAACAUUUAUCAUAAAACAAUCCAACAUAAUGGAACAUCCAAGAAGAAUACUCGUUAUUGCAGGAUCUGAUAGUUCUGGUGGCGCGUAAGGACGACCAUAUCGAACAAAGUAUUGCAAAGACUGAUCGAAAAUGAAUUUACAGAGGCCUUGAGGCGGACCAAAAAGUCAUUGCUGC